AUGGAGGUUAAUAUGGAUAUAGUGCCCGACAGCGAAGCAGCUACACAGCCACAAGGCUCCUCCGUGGUAUCAACUGCACCUAACAAUUCUGUUAUUGGUGCUCUUGUUGGCAUUCAAACUGGUCGUGAUGUUGAAAUCUCCAAUUCCUAUGAGUUAGAUUUUGAUACUAUUGAUGGGAAGUUUAAUGAAAGCCCUCUUUUCCUUCAAAUGAAUCCAUUUGAAAUGGUCACAUCAAAAAACCUUCCGAUUACCGUUUAUGAAUCGAUAAUUGAUAUAAUUGAUGGACAAGCUCACACUUUAUUCAUUAAGUCACAGUAUAAGAUUGAGACUGGAGAGGCUGAACGCAUCGCUGUCGAUCAUGUUGCACAUACAACUCUUGGAGAGGGAGGCGAAGGUUCUUCUCGUAAGUGA